AUGGCCUUGAAGGUGGAUUUGAAAAAAGCAUAUGAUUCAGUAGAAUGGGGUUUUAUUCAGAGGAUGCUGCAGGUAUAUGGUUUCAGUGUCAAAUGGAUUAACUGGAUCACCAAAUGUAUUUCUUCUCCAAAAUUUUCCAUUUUGUGUAAUGGUGUUCCUGCUGGUUUUUUCUCUGCCUCUAGAGGUAUUAGGCAAGGUUGUCCUUUAUCCCCUCUUCUCUUUUCUUUUGUUAUUGAAUACUUUAGUAACUUGAUGGAACAAGCUAUAGAGGAGGGUAAGAUCAAACUGUACAAGGCUGUGGCUAUGACAGAUAUGAAGAUUUCUUAUGCCUUUUAUGCAAACGAUUUGUUAAUGGUGGUAAAAGCUUAUAUGUCCACUGCAAAGGCAAUACUUGAUGUGUUCAAAUAG